AUGAACGACCGCCGCGAGCAGCUGCGAGCAGAGCGCCCCGACGUGCCCUUCCCCGAGAUCACACGCAUGUUAGGCAACGAGUGGAGCAAGCUGCCGCCGGACGAUAAACAGAGAUACUUGGACGAAGCAGAGAAGGACAAAGAGCGUUACAUGAGAGAACUGGAGAAGUAUCAGAAAACUGAGGCCUACAAACACUUCACCAGGAAGGUCCAGGAGAAGCAGAAGGGGAAGAGGCACAGGGGAGACGUGGGGCACCAGGCGACUAACGAGGCUCUGAACGAGCAGAAAGACGUGGAGGUGAAGGACAGGACUGUGUUUGACAUCCCCAUCUUCACUGAGGAGUUUCUCAACCACAGCAAAGCCCGAGAAGCCGAGCUGCGGCAGCUGCGGAAAACCAACAUGGAGUACGAGGAGCGCAACGCAGCACUGCAGAAGCACGUGGAGAGCAUGAGGGGCGCUGUGGAGCGCCUGGAGGGAGACGUCCUGCAGGAGAGAGGAAGAAACAGCCUUUUACAGCAGCACCUGGAGACUCUCCGCCAGGCACUCACCUCCAGCUUCUGCUCUGUGCCACUGCCAGGAAGUGGAGAGACCCCGAGCAUCGAAACCAUCGACGUCUACAUGAAGAAGCUGCACAGCAUCAUCAUGAGCAGUCCCCAGGACCAUGAGGGUCUGAUCAGCACCGUCCGGGACGUGGUCACCCGCCUGGACAGAUAA